AAAAAAAGUUGAAUUGGUAGUUAAAUAUAAAUAUAAAUUUAUAUAAGCCAUAGAACGAAAAUUUAAAUAUAUAUGUGAAUAUAGAUUAUUUAAAAAUUGUUUAUAAAAUUACGGUAGUAGGAUUUAGGUCUUACAUUAAGAAAAUUGAGAAAAGUUUUAAAAGAUAUGGCAAAGCUGAUAAAACAUAUGUUUGACGCUUUUUAAAACAACGAAAAAAACUUGUUUCCAAACAAUUGCUGUAUUUUUGUUUAAAUUAAUUCAAGAAAAAAUAAUUUUUACUUAGAAAAAUCUACUUUAUUUAAUUAAGUGAUGCAAAGCAGUUUCAGUAUAUUUUCAAGGUAUUUUCGAUCAUAUUUAGGGCGUAAUAAAAAUUUGGCAAGGGUCUUUAGCAUAAACAUCGAACACCGCAUGUCGCUUGUGAAUCAAACAGUUAAAGAGUCCUCACUCCAAUCAACAUCAUUAGAACAAAAUUUGAAAGUUCUUGGUGCACCCACUAAAAUGCGCAGCGAACCAGUUUUAAAGAAAAUAGAUUCGCCUGAAUUCCAAAGUAUUUUCACAGAUGAACUGCAAGCGCUGAUUGACAUCUUUAAACGUUAUAAUUAUGAGCUACGCAUAGCAGGAGGUGCUGUCCGUGAUAUUGUAAUGGGGAUUAAACCAAAAGAUAUAGAUUUAGCAACUACAGCUACUCCAGAUCAAAUGAAAGAAAUUUUCAAAAAAGAAAAAGUACGCUUGAUUAACGCAAACGGCGAGAAACAUGGGACGAUAACUCCUCGCAUACACAAUAAAGAAAAUUUUGAGGUGACCACGUUGCGUAUCGAUGUGCUCACGGACGGUCGGCAUGCAGAAGUACAAUUUACAACUGAUUGGCAAUUGGAUGCAAAUAGACGAGAUCUUACCAUAAAUUCAUUGUUUCUCGGUUUUGAUGGCACACUCUAUGACUACUUUUAUGGCUAUGAAGAUUUAAUGCAACGACGCGUUGUGUUUGUUGGCGAUGCCAAUGUACGAAUCAAAGAAGAUUAUUUGCGCAUCUUACGGUACUUUCGUUUUUAUGGUCGCAUUGCAAAAGAACCCUUCAAACAUGACGUGAAAACCUUGAGAGCUAUACGAGAAAAUGCCGAAGGCUUAGCUCGCAUUAGCGGGGAACGUAUAUGGACUGAACUUCAAAAAAUUGUCGUGGGAAAUUUUGGUUGCGAGUUAGUACAAGAAAUUGUUUCUUGUGGUUUAGGGUCUCACUGUGGCCUACCAGUAGAUCCUAAUAAUAAUGAAUUUAAAAGAUUAUGUGCUGAUUUGGUAAAAUUUUCAAAACCUCACACGCCAAUAUUGUUUCUGAUUGCAUUGCUUCACACACCAGAAGAAGCGAUGAGCUUACACCAACGUCUCAAAUUGUCUGCUUAUGAACGCGAUUUAGCGCUCUUCAUCACACAGAAUCGAAAGAAGGUGGGAGUGGAAUUCUGCAAGUUACGCGAUUAUCAAAGACUUUGCAUGCAACCUUACGCUAGACGUGAAUUUGUUCAAGAGUUGCUAAAAUAUUCAAAUGAAGUAGAACUUUAUAAUGAGUUGAAGGCUUGGCAAAUACCACGUUUCCCACUAACUGGUAGCAUUUUAAAAGAACACGGUUUAACUGCAGAUAAACGUAUGGGUGUAAUCAUGACACGCCUCCGUUCUAUUUGGAUCGAUAGCGAUUUUUCAAUAACUGGCGAAGAGCUUUUGACGAAGCACUUGCCAGAAGUGAUAGAAAGUCUGAAGACACCGCCCGGUACUCCAAACAAAAAACAAAAAACAGAAUGAUGACAUUAUUGUUGUUAAAAAUAUAUUUUGUUAUUUUUAUGCACUUUAACUUUCAAAAUAUAAAAUAUUGAAAUAUUUGUACCAUA